AUGAGUCAAGAACAGCCACAGAGGCCUCAAAGCGAGCAAGAACCAAUCAAAUACGGCGACGUUUUCAACGUCCCCGGUAAACUCGUAGAGAAACCUAUUGUUUCCCUGGACAUUUCAAUGAUAAAAGCUGCUGUAUCGGCCAUGUUGGGCCAGACCCAGAAGAGCGGUCCAGCUGGCGUUGUUGGCCACGUGGACGUCUCCGACUUGGCUGGAGCCGAAGGUGUCGCCGUAACGGAGGUGAAGACUGACGUGCCUGGAUACCGCAUAGCAACCAAAUCAGUGAUUUGUCAGUAUGAUCAGCCGACAGCCACAGCUCAUCAGGUGAGCGCCAUAACAAUAGGAGAAGUUCUAGAAACGACAGGCAAGACCAUUGGGGAUAAGGCGGUGGACCAGAAUGACGCGGCAGCGAUUCAAGCUGCAGAGGCUAGAGUGACCGGCAGUAAAUUCAUAAUACCAGGUGGCCUCGCCGACAUGGCUCAAUCUGCGGCGUCCAUUAAUCGUUCUAUUGAUCUUGACAGGUGCAAGAUUAAGCUCGGAGAGGUUCUCAAAGACGCGACUACGAAGCUGCCGGUUGACAAAGCAGCUACACGACAGGACGCGGAAGGAGUAGUGAAUGCAGAGUUGUGGAACAACCCGAAUCAGAUGACACAGCCUGGCGGAGUAGCGGCGUCUGUGAAAGCCGCUGCUAGGCUCAACGAAACUGCUUUUGAAUGAUGCUUUUUUUUUUUUUUUCAUGCACGGAACUUCUUUUCUUUUGACUUCACCUGGUUGACAUGGUUUUUUUUUGCUGGAAAUUUGUAAUAAUGAAAACACACACAUAUAUAGAUUAUUGGGUUUACUCUGUUAGGUUUCCAUCAUUGUAUUUCAGUUGUAUUUGUCUGUUAUUUUUGUUUCUUUAUUAGUUAGGAGAGUUUGUUAUUUUUUGGUUGUAUUUGCCUAUAUAAAGGCUUUCUGUAACUUUGUUUUAUUUCACAACAGAUCAAUAAUAUUUUCAUUCUUUUCUUUCUUUCUUCCAUCCGCAAUAUGGUAUCACAGCUGGAAGCUUAGAGCUUCCAUACGAUCCUUCUCCGGCGUCUUCUUCGGCAUCCUCUGGUUUAUACCUCUGACUGCUGCUCCAAUUCCAGCAACCACCGACGUUUCUUCCACAUCACCCGGUGUUCUUCUUUCCCAGUGAUUGAUGUGUUCUUCCACUCUUCUUCUGCAAAUUUUUUUUUUCACCAUGUCUACUGGUGGCACUCCUCCUUCCUCUGAUUGUCCGAUUGAUGACUCCCCAAAUACUACCCCAUCACCCGAUUCGUCUGCUGUUCAUCCUUCUCCUCAUUCCACAUCCACCAAUACUACUCCAUCAUCUCAGCUGCCCAAUUCCAAACAUCCACUUGAAGAUCCAGCACAUCCUUACUAUCUUCAUCAUGGAGAUAACCCCGACAAUAUCUUGGUCACACAACUUCUCACCGGCCAAGACAAUUACCCUUUAUGGAGUCGGGCAAUGCGGCUUGCUAUAUCUAUCAAAAACAAGAUAGGCUUUCUUGAUGGUUCUAUCACUAAACCUUCUAUAUCUGAUACUUUCUUAUACAAUGCUUGGUUUAGAAAUAAU